UAUGGCUAUGCGACUAAAGUAGUCUUUCAUUUCCUAGACAUCCGUCUUCCGGUUUUUGUACGUCUCAUCAAAAUGGCUCCAAAACCAAAACCGACGGAAAAAACUGCGAGCAAGACUUCUGAUAAAAAAACUGAAAAGAAAGCUGAGAAGAAGCCGGCAUCUGUUGCUGCUACUUCUUCUAAAGUAAAAAAGCCAGCAACAAAGCCUGCAACUACCGCUGCAAAAAAGCCAGCUACUGCAAAACCUGCAGGUACUGCUAAACCUGCAGCAAAAACUGCAGCAAAGCCUGCAGCUAAGCCUGCACAGAAAGCAGCAUCGAAGGUUUCAAUUUCAAAACCUAAAAAAAAUGCUCAGCCAACAAAGAAAACACCCAAGGGAGGCAAGCCAUCAACAACGCCUCUCAAGAAAGCUCUUAAAACUCAGAAAAAGAUUCUGAAAGGAGUACAUGGAUCAAGAGUAAGGAAAAUAAGAACUUCGGUUCAUUUCCAUCGGCCAAAGACAUUCAGGCCACCAAGAAAUCCAAAGUAUACGCGAAAAUCUGUGCCUCAUAGAAGUCGAAUGGAUGCAUUUAACAUCAUUAAAUAUCCUUUGACUACUGAAGCAGCAAUGAAAAAAAUAGAAGAUAAUAAUACAUUAGUUUUUAUUGCGCAUACCCGUGCAAAUAAAUAUCAUAUUAAAGCUUCUAUCAAAAAGUUGUACGAGGUCGAAGUGGCCAAAGUCAAUACACUUAUUAGGCCAGAUGGAAAAAAGAAAGUAUAUGUCCGUUUAACGCGUGAUUAUGAUGCUCUUGAUGUUGCUAACAAGAUCGGAAUUAUAUAAAUACGUUCAACAAAUAAUUAGAAAAUAAAACGAAGUAUCUGUACA